CAGAAUCUGAUUAUCCCGGAAAUUUGCUACAAUAUCACCACGUGUUGAGGCUCGCGCUAUCGGCCUUCUCCAUAGAGCAGGCGUUGCAGGGUACUGGCAUCCAAAAGCCGUAGAAGUGGCCAAUAGCCUUUUAUCCUUGGCGCAUGUGGUCACUAGCUUCCGAGGCAGGCGUGAACGACUUCACCUGUCAAGCUCUAGUACGCGGAACAAUAGGGUAGGCUGAGCAUGGAUAAGAUGGUACAUAAGGCGUGCUUCCUGCUGCCUGUCGUGAUCCUCUGCGUGUCAAUUCACACCACCCUACAGUGAGCGGCGUAGACAGCAUGUUUGGCCAGUCAGGAUUCGCGAGCUUUAUGCUCAUUGCACAAAGCGCUCUUGCCGCCAGCAAGACAGCGAACUCUGAUGUUCAUAUGAACCAUAUCCAGGUUAUUGGGACUCACAACUCCUACCACCGUCAGGUAUCACUGGCUGAGAUUGCUGUAUUCGAGAAGUACGUUCCGUCGCCGGAGGACUACUACUACUCGCAAGCCACCCUGCCCAACCAGCUGGAGCACCAGGCUGUGCGUUCACUCGAACUCGACCUGCAUUCUGACGAGGAAGGUGGUCUCUACUACCCCCCUCUUAUCUGGACGCUCUCAAACUUGACGAACGCUACAACUCCCUAUGACGGCUCUGUCCUGCAAAAGCCUGGCAUUAAGGUCUUCCACGUCACGGACUUCGAUCCUGACUCUGUGUGCCACACCUUCGUGGACUGCCUGACACAGCUCAAGAACUGGUCAGACGCAAACAGAAACCAUGUCCCUAUUAUCAUCGAUCUCGAGCUCAAAACCGAUGCACCGGCCUGUGUGAUCGGCGGUGUCUGCCCUGGCGAAGCUACAAACUGGACUCUUCCCCGUCUCCUCAACGUCGACGCAGAAAUCCUCUCAGUCUUCCCUAAGAAGCAGCUUAUCCGUCCAGACGACGUUCGUCAAGGUAACCUGACCCUCGAGCAGAGUGUGCUCCAGAAGGGCUGGCCUCUGCUCAGCGACGCUCGUGGCCGCCUCAUGUUCUUCUUCGACAACGACCCAAAGCCCAUGGACCCCAGCUCUCCUCGCGAGCUGUACAAGUCUGCUGGUCACGAGUCGCUCCAGAACCGCACUGUGUUCACUAACUCCCUUGAAGGAUCGUCUGAUGGUGCUGUCAUCAAAUCCAAUGAGCCGCGCGGUAACAUGACAGCUGAGAUUCAGCGUCUAGUGAAGAAAGGCUACAUUGUGCGCACGAGGAGCGAUGUUCCGCUUGACACUGUGCUCAAUAAGACUACAGAGAUGCGUGAUUCAGCGUUUGUAUCUGGUGCACAAAUCGUCAGCACGGACUUCCCUUCGUGGGGUAUGAGUGCAAGGUGGGGCUGGGACUAUGUUGUGCAAUUGAAGGAUGGAAGGGUUGCGAGAUGUAACCCGGUCAACGCGCCUAAGGGUUGCAAGGAUAGUAAACUGGAGUGAGGCUUGCAAGUGAACUCUCACCAGAGAAUGUGUUUUCCUCAAGCUCACGCAAGCCGCAGCACUUGACGAAAAAAAUCAAGUCUUCAAUGAUGUCAGAAAUAUCCCUCACUGCCAGCGUCCAGACUUGCAGGGGAAAGUGGUUCAACAAGCUCCGACUACCCUCAUCACAGCAAAUACCCCAUUCUCAUCCAAAUAUGCGCCGACCCUCGAUCAGUGCACCAGACUUGUCAGCGAAGCUCUGAUAUAGGCUCCCCAGGGCCGGCGACAGAGGGC